AUGGCCUCGGCGGGCGCGCGGCGGCUCCCGGCCGGGACCCGCGCAGCGGCCCAGCGCUGCUGCGGCCUCCGGCUCCACCGGGGCGUGCGCCCGGCCCCGCCCCUGGGCCCUUCGCGACCGACGCGACCAAUGAGAUUUCUGAUUUCCUGCAGCCUCCUCUUGCCCCGGGCUGCCCAAGUCUUGUCGGCUGAGGCUGGCUUACCUCCUAGCCGUUCCUUCAUGGGCUUUGCUGCCCCCUUCACCAACAAGAGAAAGGCUUACUCUGAGCGUAGGAUCAUGGGGUACUCUAUGCAGGAGAUGUUCGAGGUGGUGUCCAAUGUCCAGGAGUACCGCGAGUUUGUGCCCUGGUGUAAGAAGUCGUUGGUGGUAUCCAGCCGCAAAGGUCACCUGAAGGCCCAGUUGGAGGUUGGCUUUCCACCUAUCAUGGAACGCUAUACCUCUGCUGUUUCCAUGGUCAAACCUCACAUGGUCAAGGCUGUUUGCACUGAUGGCAAGCUCUUCAAUCACUUAGAGACCAUUUGGCGAUUCAGCCCUGGUAUUCCUGCCUAUCCCCGAACUUGCACUGUGGACUUUUCGAUUUCCUUUGAAUUUCGUUCUCUGCUGCACUCCCAGCUGGCCACCAUGUUUUUUGACGAGGUUGUUAAACAGAAUGUCGCUGCCUUCGAACGUCGGGCAGCCACCAAGUUUGGUCCAGAAACAGUCAUCCCCCGUGAACUGAUGUUCCAUGAGGUGCACCAGACUUGAGGCAAAGGAUUGUGCCUUAGCUUCUCCUCUACUCUCCCUCCCCACCUAAUUCUCUUAUUUAUUUGGCUCCUGCUCCAAUCUGCGAGAAGAGUCUGUGUUCAUAUUUUCUCCCUCUCAAUUCUCCAGAAAUUGGGCUCUAAGCUGGCUGGAAAUGCUGGGGGAAAGUAAAGGCAGUGGGGUAUGGAAAGGAAACAUGCUUAGGAACUGGGCGGGCUCAUCUUGAGAUCCCCAUAUGCCUGAUGCCUACAGCCUCUCACAUUGAAUUAUAAUUAAAACUGUGUGGUUAUCUGAGCCCUGUCAAGGUGCCUUAGUGUCUGACCAGGGGAAGAGGACAAGUUUUCUCAAGGAAUGAAUAAAUUGAGCUUUUUCCUGAUAGAGGUAUUGAUGGUAACUUUUGCUUGCCUGAAAUGCCAGAGAUGUUGGAGAUCUGGCCAUAGCUUGAAACCCAUGACCAUGACUUAGUACUUCCAUGCUAGUGGAGCUUGGGGCGAGGAGAAUAAAAACACUGAACAGAGUUGUACUCUUGGGUUGUACCUUAUUCUUCCACUUGGCUUGAGUUUUUAUAAAAUUUCAAUAAAUUUUGACAGUGUGAA